UCAAUCAUUCAAUCAGCUUUCCACGUGCUGUUGAGACGUCCAUCAGCAAAUUACCAGGAGGAGCCACACCCAUUUGCUAGCUGAAAGGGAGGAAAUGAAAGUAAAAUCUGUGUGAUUCUCAGUGUGAGGGCGGCAGCCAUGGCAGCAUGGAGUCCUGUUAGGGAUCUCUGUGAGGAAGCCACUUGUUCCGUCUGCCUGGACUAUUUCAAGGACCCCGUCAUCAUUCCAGAAUGUGGGCACAAUUUCUGCCGAGCCUGCCUGACCCAGUGCUGGGGGGAGCCGGACACAGAGGCUUCCUGCCCUCAGUGCAGAGAAACUGUUCAGCAAAAGAACUUCAUCCCAAAUCGGCAACUGGCCAACUUUGCAGAGAUAGUCAAGAAGUUAAGUCUUCAGGGAGGAAACAAGACCGGAGGAGAGGAGAGAGUCUGUGAGAAACACCGAGAGCCCCUGAAACUCUUCUGCAAAGACCACGAAAGCUGCAUCUGUGUGGUGUGCGACAAAGCCAAGGAGCAUGAAAACCACAAGGUGAUUCCUCUGGAGGAGGCUUACGAAGAGUACAAGGAUCAGAUCUGCAGCCUUCUACAGACUUUGAGGAAGAAAGAGGAAAAAAUGCUGACGUGUAAAUCAAACAUAGAAGAGGAAAGCCAGGAUCUGCUUGAGCAAACCAAAGCAGAGAAGCAGAAGAUGAGGGCUGAGUUCAGACAACUGCACCAGUUUCUGGAGGAGCAAGAGAAACGUUUGCUGGCCCAGAUGGAAGAGCUGGAGAAGGAGAUUGCGAUCAGAAGGGAUGAGCACCUGGCCACACUCUCCGAGGAGCUCUCCUCCUUGGCAAGUUUCAUUCCAGAGAUGGAGGAGAAAUGUCAGCAGCCAGCGAGUGAACUUCUGCAGGAUGUUAGAAGGACCUUGGAGAGGUGUAAGAAGGAGGAGAUCUUUGAGGAGCCAGUGGCUUUUCCUUCUGCCGUGAAGUGGAGGAUCUGGGACUUCUCUGACAUAAACGCCUUUCUGGAGGGUGUCAUGAAGCAGUUCCAAGACACUCUGGUAUCUGGACUUCCACUGCAGAAAGCAAACGUCAUUUUGGAUCCAGACACAGCAAAUCCCUGGCUCAUCACGUCCGAGGAUCCUAAAAGGAUUACAUGGGGAGAAAAACGUCAAGCUCUGCCCAAGAAUCCUGAGAGAUUCAGCUGCUGGCCUUGUGUGCUGGGAUGUGAGGGAUUCACAGCAGGCAGACAUUCCUGGGAAGUCACUGUGGGAGGUGAGGGAGGGUGGGCUUUGGGGGUUGCCAGCAAGUCUGUGGAGAGAAAGGGCCGUUUCGAAUUAGUUCCUGAGGAAGGGAUCUGGGCUGUCGGGAAAUUGGCAGGUCAAUACUGGGCUCUCACCUCCCCUGAACAGACUCCUCUGUCCCUGUGUGGGGCAUUGAAGAGGGUCCGAUUGUCUCUGAAUUGUGCUGUGCCUCGACUGACGUUUUCCGAUGCUGACACAGCAGGCCCACUCUACACUUUCGCAGGAGCCUCCUUCACCAGAGGGACCGUUUGGCCCUUCUUUUAUGUGGAGGAAAAGAGUCUCCUCACCCUCUCCCUCUGUGAGGCAGCCAUGGCAGCUGCUGGUGCCGUCAGGGAUCUCUGUGAGGAAGCCACUUGCUCCGUCUGCCUGGAGUAUUUCACGGACCCCGUGAUCAUUCCGGAAUGUGGGCACAAUUUCUGCCGAGCCUGCCUGACCCAGUAUUGGAGAGAGGCACAGGCUUUCUGCCCUCAGUGCAGAGAAACUGUUCAGCAAAGGAACUUCAUCCCAAAUCGGCAACUGAAAAGUGUUGUAGAGAUAGCCAAGAAACUCAGUCUCCAGGGAGGAAACAAGACCGAAGGAGAGGAGAGAGUCUGUGAGAAACACCGAGAGCCCCUGAAACUCUUCUGCAAAGACCACGAAAGCUCCAUUUGUGUGGUGUGUGAUAGAUCCAAGGAGCAUGAAAACCACAAGGUGAUUCCUCUGGAGGAGGCUUACGAAGAGUACAAGGAUCAGAUCUGCAGCCUUCUAAAGACUUUGAGGAAGAAAGAGGAAAAAAUGCUGACGUAUAAAGCAGACAUAGAUAAGAAAAGCCAGGAUCUGCUUGAGCAAACCAAAGCAGAGAAGCAGAAGACGAUGGCUGAGUUCAGACAACUGCACAAGUUUCUGGAAAAACAAGAGAAAGGUUUGCUGGCCCAGAUGGAAAAGCUGGAGAAGGAGAUUGCAAUCAAAAGGGAUGAGCACCUGGCCACACUCUCCAAGGAGCUCUCCUGCUUGGCAAGUUUCAUUCAAGAGAUGGAGGAGAAAUGUCAGCAGCCAGCGAGUGAACUUCUGCAGAUUCUAAAUGGGAUGGAUGAAGCAGUAACGUCUUUGCUCUCCACCAGGUGUGAGAAGGAGGAGAAGACGUAUGAGAAGAAGAAUCCAGUGGCUAUUCCUCCUGCCCUGAAGUGGAGGAUCUGGGACUUGUCUGACAUAAGCACCUUUCUGGAGGAUGUCAUGAAGCAGUUCAAAGACACUCUAGUAUCUGGACCUCCACUGCAGAAAGCAAACGUCAUUUUGGAUCCGGACACAGCACAUCCCAGCCUCAUCGUGUCCGAGGAUCGUAAAAGCCUGACAUAUGGAGACAAAGAUCAAGCUCUGCCCCAGAAUCCUGAGAGAUUCGACAGCUGUCCUUGUGUGCUGGGAUGUGAGGGAUUCACAGUGGGCAAACAUUCCUGGGAGGUCACUGUGGGAGGUGAGGGAGGGUGGGCUGUGGGGGUUGCCAGCAAGUCUGUGAAGAGAAAGGGUUGGUUCGUAUUAAGUCCUGAGGAAGGGAUCUGGGCUGUAGGGAAAUGUGCAGGUCAAUGCAGGGCUCUCACCCCCCCUGUAUACCCUCCUCUGUCCCUGUGUGGGGCGUUGAAGAGGCUCCGAGUGUCUCUGAAUUGUGCUGGGCCGCGACUGACUUUUUCCGAUGCUGACACAGCAGCCCCACUCUACACUUUCUCAGGAGCCUCCUUCACCAGAGGGACCGUUUGGCCCUUCUUUUAUGUGGAUGAAAAGAAUGCCACCCUCUCCCUCUGAGGCAGCCACAUGAUCUUCCUCACAGGCCCAGCUAGUUUCGUUCUCCAGACCAGGGCAAUUAAGAAGAAAUCAAAGCUUUUUAGACCAGGAGCCCCUUUUCUGGCUUCCUCUCACUUCUGCCAAAGCUAAAAAAAGAAGUCUAAAUCUCUCCCCCCCCACUAUCCAGUCUCCCCUUUCCUAAGAAACUAUUUCUUAAAGACACAGUCGUUCAUUCAUGGUUGUAAACAUCACAGUUUAACUGCAUGGUGGAAGAAAAGAAGGAUAUAAAGGUAACAAGCAAAAUAAAUUACACCGCAAACCCUUCUCAGAAAAGGCAAAAGUCUGUCAAUGGGUAUCUCUUCAGUCCUGGUUCCCACCUCCCUAUUCUUCUCCCCUCAGGUCCCAAGAUACCCACCUCAGUACGGUGUGGUCUGGACAGUUCACUUGGAUUUGUUGAUUAAAAAAAACAAAUCAACCCAAAACAUAUUUAUCAUGGAUCCCUGAUCAGGAGGCUGAUGUGACAUUUCAGGCAGAAUCCCUCUCUUCCCAAAUCUCUGGCCCCAGCUGGUGCAGAAUGCUGAAGUCAGAGUGCUGGCAGGGGCCCUUUUUUAGAGAACGUCAUUACGGUGGUGAUUAACUUCGAUUGUAAGCACCUUGAGGCAAGGACUUGGCAUCCUAUUCUUAUGUUGUAUGAUUCAUGUCGAUGUUGCUUUUUAAAAAUAAAAUGUGGUGGUAUUUUACAAUUGUGAUGUUAACCCCUUGGGCAUUUUACUGAAAUGGAAAAGCAAGAAAUACAAGUAUAAGUGCUAGAGGAUGUGAUGGCCACUAGCUUAGAUGGCUUUAGAAAUGGAUGAGUCCAAUUCUUGUGGUUAGAGUGUUGCACGAGGACUGGGAUGACCUGGGUUUAAAUCCUCAUUUGGCCAUGACGCUCACUGGGUUACUUGGGGCCAGUCACGUAUCUCUCAGCCUAACCUACCUCAAAGGGUUGUUGUGAGGAGAAAAAUAACCAUGAACAUCUCUCUGUGCU